AUGGAAACUCAAAAUCUCACAAUAGAUGAUACUAUUACUACCUCAUUAUUAUCUGAUAUUUUCAAUGGAACAGAGUUUGCAGGAGAAGAUCUCUUUUCCGUUUUGGAAAACCUGGAAAACUUCAAUGAUUUUCCUAUCAUUACCAAUGACCAAAACUCAAAAACUUCUUUAACUACUCCACAAGACUCUGAAACUGAACCAUCACAGAAAUGCAAGAGACAGAAGAUUGCUCCGAGUUCAGUUUUCAACGAACCAAACAGCGAUGGACAACAUCGAAUGUCGCAUAUCACGGUCGAGCGAAACCGGAGAAAGCAAAUGAAUGAGCAGUUAUCGAUCUUGAAGUCACUCAUGCCUUGCUUUUAUGUCAAACGUGGAGACCAAGCAUCAAUAGUCGAAGGUGUAAUCGAUUACAUCAAUGAGUUACAUCAACUCCUACAAUGCCUAGAAUCCAAGAAACAAAGAAAAGUUUACAAUGAAGUUCUAAGUCCAAGACUAGUUUCAAGUCCAAGGCCUUCACCAUUAAUAAGUCCAACAACUCCACAUUCACAACAAUGGUUGCAACAACAUUACAAUGGUCAUCUUUCAUCCGAACCUUCUCCAACUUCAUCGGUUUCUUCCAUCAACGACAACAUCAACGAGCUUGUCGCGAACUCAACUUCCUCGGUUGCUGAAGUUGAGGUUAAGUUUUGUGGCUCACAUUUGCUUUUGAAAACUGCUUCGUCGCGAAUUCCAGGACAGGUUUUCAGAAUAAUAUCUGUCCUUGAAGAUCUAGCACUUGAAAUUGUACAUGUUAGUGUUAAUACUGCUGAUGAAACCAUGUUAAACUCAUUCACUAUUAAGAUUGGAAUUGAAUGCCAACUCAGUGCUGAAGAACUUGCUCAACAUAUCCAACAAACAUUUUGUUAA